UGCCUUUUUGUUAAAAAGACAAAAGUAAUUCAUAAGUUAAUAAGUUAGUUAAAAUUCUAUAAGUUAGUUCAAAUGUAAAUAUUGUAGUCCAAAGAGUUCAUCUAAAAAUGAUAGCGAGUGAGACCUCGCCUUUUCCAGCAAACGUGCAUUUAUGUUGAAAGCAAGAGCAUCUGUCGCAAUUAGCGAUCUUUGUCGCCAGCCUUUUUUCCUCCUUCCAAGCAUGUUUCUCAGCGCCCGCGAGGCUUAAAACAUCGACGAACUUGCUCUGCCGGCUAAGCCUUGGCUAACCUUCGUCUUUGUGAGUUUUUAGUUGGUUUGUAUGUUGAGUUUGAAGGAAAAAUGUGUGUUUUGUUUAUGGCGAACUUUUUCGUUAUUCAUUGAUAUGACUGGAGACAUUGUGUUUGUGCUAAGCUACUCACACGUGCAAGAUAUUAAUGUAUAACAUUUUGAAUGUAUUAUUAAUUUAUAUUUCGUAUUGUAUUUCAGUUACCACAUCACGACAACAACACACGUUAUACACUCAAAUUGAGACCUCCAUAAAAUCAAGAAAAGUACGCCUUGUCUUUGGAGAGUUUCAUUUAUUGGUUCGCUGGCUGUAUAGCAACACACGUGACGUGUUGUGAGGACAGCACAGUAAAAAGACGAUUACUCAGCGGGCUCCAGCAGCACAGAGCUAUAUCGAGGCAACAUGAGUCUCCGCUCAGGAAGAAGCUAUCUGGGAGGUUACGACCAACAGACUGAAGAUGAAGCAACCCUCCAGCCACAAAUCGACUCGGAAGACGAACUGGACGCCGGGACAGCCACAGAUCGACUAGACCCUACAGUCCAGCCGUCGUCGAUGGAGCAACGUUCUUCACCUCAACAGCGGUCUUCACCUCAACAGCGGCCUUCACCGCAGCGUCAGCCUUCACCUCAGCAGCAGCCUUCACCGCGGCGACAGCCUUCACCUCAACAGUGGUCUUCGCCUCGCCAACAACUUUCGCCUCAACAGUGGUCCUCGCCUCGACGACAGCCUUCACCUCCACGCAGCACUAGGUCCAGCGCUCCCAGUCGGCGGUCACACUCAUCUUCAUCGUCGGUUUUCUCAGCAACAAGGGCUUACGCCAAAGCUCAGGCAGCCAAGGCCCAACUUAGCUUUGCUGAAAAGGAAGCUAACAUGAUGAGGCAAAGAGCAGAAUUAGAGGCUAGUCUCCACGUUCUGAAGUGUGAAAAAGAAAUAGCUGCAGCCGAAGCUGAAGCUGCAGCCUACGAAGAAGUAGAACGUCAGAGCGGGGAGUCAGACAUAGAACCUCAAAUGGAAAAUGUGCCUUUGAAUUCAAUACAGCGCACUAGUGAAUAUGUUGAACAGCAACACAAAUUAUUAGUGCCAUCAAAAACAGUAGUUAAUAGCUCGAACAUGCAAGUCACAAAUGAACAUGUCAGAGUUAAAGCCGAAACUUCGCACGUCUCAGAACCCACGAUUCAGGGCGUCAAACACGAAAUGAAAAUAAAUCAAAAUAUAAAUAACACCCAAUCUUUGAACCCACACGCUCAUACGUUUCAACCGGCAAAAAACAACCAAAUUGAACUAAAUGGAGCAGCAGAGUUCGCUAAAUAUCUCAUACGCAAAGAAUUGGUCAGUACUGGUUUACUGCAAUUUGAUGAUAAACCAGAAAACUUCCGAGCUUGGAAGGCGUCCUUCGUCAGCUCGACAAAAGAUCUGAAUUUGUCCGCUAGAGAGGAAUUAGACUUACUAACAAAGUGGUUGGGGCCAAAAUCAGCAGAACAAGCUAAAAGAAUCCGCAUAGUUCACACUCUUAAUCCCGCUAAAGGUACAAAAAUGAUUUGGGAACGCCUCGAAGAGUGUUAUGGAUCCUCAGAAGCGAUCGAAGAUGCACUUCUAAAAAAGAUAGAAGAGUUCCCAAGACUAACAAAUAAAGAUCCAACCAAGCUUAGAGAACUUGGCGACAUCUUGUUAGAGUUAGAGUGGGCAAAAUCAGACGGAACACUUCCAGGGCUUGCGUAUCUUGACACGGCACGAGGGGUAAGGCAAAUAGUUGAAAAACUCCCCUUUAAUUUACAAGAAAGGUGGACAGUAGUGGGCUCACAAUAUAAAGACACUUACAGUGUGCCGUUUCCCCCUUUCUCAGUUUUCGUGCAGUUUGUACAGCAACAGGCGAAAAUGCGAAAUGAUCCGAGCUUCGCCUUAUACAACAGUAACGCUCAAACGUCCAGCCGCACAGAGAGGUCGACACCACACAAUCGUAAAUUUGCUGUGACAGUACACAGAACAGACGUUGCAAUCGAAAAUCAGAGUGGGCCUGACCAAAAUAAAAUAGAGGAGCCAGAUCGGCAAUGCCCAAUUCACAAAAAGCCACAUCCUCUCAAAAAAUGCAAACUGUUUAGAGACAAGCCUAUGGAAGAGCGCCGCGCCUUCCUCAAAGAGCAUCGCAUUUGUUAUAGGUGUUGUGGCUCAGUACAACAUGUUGCAAAAGAUUGCAAGGUGGCAGUCAAGUGUGUUGAGUGCAACAGUCCUAACCACGUGUGGGCACUUCAUCCAGGUCCCACUUCUGUUCCCAAAAAUGACGUCUCAGAAAGUUCAGUUACUGAGCAGGAAACUGCAGUGCUUUCCAUGUGUACGGAAGUAUGCGGUCAAAAUGAAAGCCCUCGCUCUUGCUCCAAAAUCUGUUUAGUGAGAGCUUAUCCAGAAGGCCAAAAACACAAAAUGCUAAAUAUGUACGCAGUGAUCGAUGAACAAAGCAAUAGGUCCCUGGCAAGAACAGAGUUCUUUAAUUUGUUUGAAAUCAAGGCCAAACCUGCUCCAUACACCCUAAAAACAUGUUCUGGAAAGGCAGAAACCUCAGGCAGAAGAGCAGCAAACUUCUUCAUACAGUCAAUGGAUGGCAAAACUGACAUCAAACUGCCUCCUUUGAUUGAAUGUGACUCAAUACUCGAUGACAGAUCAGAAAUACCAUCACCUGAGAUUGCAAAGCACCAUCCUCAUCUCUUCAGAAUUGCAGACAAAAUUCAACCCAUUGAUCACCACGCUCCAAUCCUUCUACUCCUGGGAAGAGACGUUCUCAGGGUUCAUAAGGUACGUGAGCAGAUUAACGGGCCCAACAACGCUCCCUACGCCCAAAGACUGGAUUUGGGUUGGGUUGUAGUGGGGGAGGUAUGUUUAGGCAAGAUUCACGGCAACACAGAGGUCAAUGUUUACAAAACGCACAUGUUGGACAAUGGGCGCGCAACCUUUCUUCAGCCAUGUCCAAAUGUCAUUACUGUAAAAGAGGACCAUAGUGUUGGGAUUGAGCAAAACAUACUGACAAGUACAAACAGAAUGGACUCUGUAGACAUCACAGACAAGCUAGGUCAAUCUGUGUUUGACAGAGAUGAAUCAGAUGACAAGGUAGCACUGUCCAUAGAUGACAAAACCUUCCUAACGAUCAUGAAGAACAACGUGAGCAAAAACAAAGAGAACAAUUGGGUCGCUCCUUUGCCUUUCCGCAGACCAAGGAGGAGGCUUCCAAACAAUAGAGAUGCAACCCUGAAGCGUCUCUAUUCACUUAAAAAGACUUUGGAAAAGAAACCAAAAAUGAAAGAGCAUUACAUCCAAUUUAUGCAGAAAAUGCUGGAUAAUGAUCAAGCUGAACUUGCACCGCCUCUACCUGAAGGUAAAGAACACUGGUAUUUGCCAACAUUUGGCGUAUAUCACCCGCAGAAACCAGAUCAAAUUAGAGUCGUGUUCGAUUCUAGUGCAGAGUGUGAUGGUACGUCCCUUAACCGAGUGCUAUUAAGUGGACCCGAUCUGAACAAUUCCCUGUUAGGUGUCUUGAUGCGAUUCCGGAAGGAACCAGUUGCCUUAACAGCGGACAUUCAGCAAAUGUUUUAUUGCUUUGAGGUGUGCGAAGACCACAGGGACUAUCUUCGCUACCUCUGGUUUAAAGACAAUGACCUUACAAAAAAUGUAGUGGAAUACCGAAUGAAAGUACAUGUCUUCGGUAACAGUCCAUCACCUGCUGUUGCCAUUUACUGUAUGCGCCGGGCAGCAGAGGAGGGUGAGCAAGAACACGGCACAGAUGCUAGACAGUUUGUCGAGACACAGUUCUAUGUCGACGAUGGACUUACAUCUGUCCCCACUCCAGAACAUGCAAUUGACCUGUUAACAAGAACAAAAAGCUUGUUAGCAGAAUCCAACCUGCACCUUCACAAAAUUGCAUCGAAUUGCAGCUUGGUCAUGGAAGCAUUUCCUAUGGAGGACCGUGCAAAGGAACUGAAACAUCUGGACCUUGGAGUUGAUCCCCUUCCAGUUCAGAAAAGCCUAGGACUUUGUUGGAAUUUGGAAACUGACAGUUUCACUUAUCGCGUAUCCAAUGAAACAAAACCAUUCACACGCAGAGGAGUGCUAUCGACAAUCAAUAGCCUCUAUGACCCGUUAGGAUUUGCUGCUCCUAUAAUCCUGCAGGGCAAGGCACUGCUCAGAGAACUGUCAUGUGAUGAGAAAGACUGGGACGCACAUCUUCCCCCUGAAAAAGAGCAGUUGUGGAUCUCGUGGAAAGACUCUUUGAAUGCUCUUGAGGAUCUGGAAAUAAAAAGGUGCUAUGGGCCAGGUUCAGUGAGUACUAUGCAAAGUCAUGAUUUGUUUGUUUUCUCAGAUGCAUCAACUGUGGCGAUAGGGGCAGCAGCUUACCUGCGCUCUGUGGACAGUCAAGGCCAAUAUCACGUAGGCUUCGUGAUGGGAAAGUCUAAACUAGCUCCUCGUCCGGCACACACUGUUCCUCGGCUUGAACUUUGUGCUGCCGUGCUCGCAGUAGAGAUGUACGAGUUAAUCCGAGAUGAGAUGGACAUUCAAAUUCACAAUGUCAAGUUUUUCACCGACAGCCGUAUUGUGUUAGGAUACAUACAUAAUUCUUCGAAAAGAUUCUACAUGUAUGUAGCCAACCGAGUCACACGAAUUAGGAGAUCUACACAACCAGAACAAUGGUGCUACGUGCCAACAGAGUUAAACCCAGCAGAUCAGGCGACUAGGUCACUCCAAGCUGCUGAACUCAAAAACAGUAACUGGUUCACCGGGCCAAAAUUUCUGUAUUCAAAUGACUCGCCCAAAGUCAGUCAGUUCCCACUUGUCGAACCCGAAAAUGACAAAGAAAUGCGUCAAGAAGUAAAAACGCUUACUACCUCAGUACUAGAGUCAGAGCUUGGUUCAGAGCGCUUCAAAAGGUUCUCAAGCUGGACAACAGCAUGCAAGGCAAUAUCCAGGCUCAUUCAAUUUGUUGCCCUCUUUAAGCAAAGAAAAGCAGGGUUUUCAAGUCACAUAACAAGUAUGGAAGAAUUCACUCAAGCCAAAAAUAUCAUUAUAAGAUCAGUCCAGCAGGAUGCAUACAGUGGGAUCAUUAAAAAAGUAAAACAGGGGAAAAUGAUUGGUUCAAGAAAAGAGACACUCAUGAAACUUAACCCAGUUUUGGACAAGGAUGGACUUUUGCGAAUCGGUGGGCGCCUAUCUUCUGCUGAACUUAAUGAAGAUGAAAAACACCCUCUGAUCAUCCCAUCUUCCAGUCACGUAGCCACACUCCUAGUGCGACACUUCCACGAACAGUCUGCUCAUCAGGGACGGCACAUCACAGAAGGAGCUGUCCGUAGUGCUGGGUUCUGGAUAGUGGGAGGUAAGCGGCUCGUUUCUUCUUUGAUACACAACUGUGUCACCUGCCGCAAGUUGCGUGGCAAAAUGCAGUUUCAGAAAAUGGCUGAUUUGCCUGCUGACCGAGUGACUCCAGAGCCCCCUUUCACAACAGUGGGCUUGGACGUGUUCGGGCCAUGGACAAUAGUUACACGUCGCACGAGAGGUGGCAGUGCACUAAGCAAACGGUGGGCUGUUAUUUUCUCAUGCAUGACAACUAGGGCCGUACAUAUCGAGCUAAUUGAAAGCAUGUCAACUGACAGCUUUAUAAAUGCAUUAAGGAGAUUUUUUGCAGUUCGUGGGCCAGCUAAACUUUUGCGUUCAGAUCGAGGAACUAAUUUUGUUGGAGCUUGUAAAGAACUGGGCUUGGACACUGAUAAGUCAGCUACAGGAAAGUUCCUUCAAGAGAAAGGAUGUGCAUGGACAUUUAACCCACCUCAUGCAUCCCACAUGGGAGGGUCUUGGGAACGUCUCAUUGGGGUAGCUAGGCGCAUCCUGGAAGUUAUGUUGACAAAAAAUGCUCAGACCAAUCUGUCUCAUGAGAUUUUAAGCACAUUCAUGGCUGAAGUGAUGGCUAUUAUGAAUGCAAGACCUCUAGUCCCAGUGUCCACAGAUCCUGAGUCCCCAACAGUACUCACUCCAGCAAUGCUACUAACUCAAAAGGCAAGUUCCGUUUCAGCUCCAUCCGGAAACUUUUCCCAGGGUCAGCUAAAUGGGAAACAAUGGAAACGGGUCCAACAUCUGGCGGACACGUUUUGGAAAAGAUGGAAAAUGGAAUAUUUGUCUAGCUUGCAAAAACGUUCAAAAUGGACGAACAAUCAACCGAAUGUGAAAGAAGGAGAUAUUGUCCUGUUGAAAGAUGCUCAAGCACACAGGAACGAAUGGCCAAUGGGACUGAUAGUUAGAACUGUACCCAGCGGUGACAAUAGGGUCCGCAAAGCUGAAGUGCGGAUCGUGAGAGAUGGCACAGCCAAAGUGUUCUUAAGACCUGUGUCAGAAAUUGUUGUUUUACUUUCAGAUAUUAACUGAAUACCACAUGUGAUGUCAUAUGUUUCUCGUUUAAUAGUGAUAUAAUGUAAUUAUAUCAAGCGGGGAGUGUCAUGCCUUUUUGUUAAAAAGACAAAAGUAAUUCAUAAGUUAAUAAGUUAGUUAAAAUUCUAUAAGUUAGUUCAAAUGUAAAUAUUGUAGUCCAAAGAGUUCAUCUAAAAAUGAUAGCGAGUGAGACCUCGCCUUUUCCAGCAAACGUGCAUUUAUGUUGAAAGCAAGAGCAUCUGUCGCAAUUAGCGAUCUUUGUCGCCAGCCUUUUUUCCUCCUUCCAAGCAUGUUUCUCAGCGCCCGCGAGGCUUAAAACAUCGACGAACUUGCUCUGCCGGCUAAGCCUUGGCUAACCUUCGUCUUUGUGAGUUUUUAGUUGGUUUGUAUGUUGAGUUUGAAGGAAAAAUGUGUGUUUUGUUUAUGGCGAACUUUUUCGUUAUUCAUUGAUAUGACUGGAGACAUUGUGUUUGUGCUAAGCUACUCACACGUGCAAGAUAUUAAUGUAUAACAUUUUGAAUGUAUUAUUAAUUUAUAUUUCGUAUUGUAUUUCAGUUACCACAUCACGACAACAACACACGUUAUACACUCAAAUUGAGACCUCCAUAAAAUCAAGAAAAGUACGCCUUGUCUUUGGAGAGUUUCAUUUAUUGGUUCGCUGGCUGUAUAGCAACACACGUGACGUGUUGUGAGGACAGCACAGUGUGACUCAUCAAUGUUCUUCCUAUUUCUGUCCUGUGAUAAACUCAUCGGCUGCGAUUGACAGCUAAUGCUCACGCUCUCGGUUCAGUUGGAUAGGACGUCUAUUGCUUUCGAUAGUAGUGAAAUAGUUCAGAGCAGUUCUAACAUUCAGUUAGGAUUCAUAAAUAUCUUUUUUGUCCAAAUUUGUUUAUUAUACCGUUAUACUGUUAUGUUCUGUGUCGUGUUAUCAUCAUAAGGCAAGUGACUAUUGUAGUCAUUUAAAAAAAAUAAUUAAAAAGUAGCCCAAUAAAGACCUGGCGUCCACAUAUAGUACAUGGACAUCAAAUUUUGGGUCAGGUAGGCCAUAAUAUUAACAGGUAUGCAAGUGUGGCCUACAUGUCCCUAAAUGUGAUGUUCACAUAUAUGGAUGCCAGGUCUCAGGAGUUAUUUUACUAUUACUAAUCACUACUGUAUUGGUAAACUGUGUAUGAUUUUAAUUUAUUUAAAGAAAUACAAUUAUGAAUGAAAUGUUUUUAAAAACACAAUUUGGUAAAACUAUCAUCAAUAAAAGCAAAUACACUCUAGUUAGUCCUCAAUAACAGUCUAAGUUGAUGUUUUUUUUUUUUUUUUUUUUUUUUUAAAUUAUAGUUGUAUUUAGCACCUUGCCUGCAAUUGAAAACAAUAGACGUCCAAUUAAUUUAAACUGUGCAACUGUGCACUCGACACUUUACAAAAGCUGUUCUUAGCCUGCUGAAUUACCGUAUUGGCCCGAAUAUAAGACUGUGUUUUUUGCAUUGAAAUUACACUGAAAAAGGAGGAGGUCGUCUUAAAUUCGCGGUCUAGACAUUAUACCCAUUCACCACGCUAGAUGGCGCCAGAUAUCAUUGAAGCGAUGUUCUGUCAUGACGAAGCUCAGCUACUCUUCCCAUUCACGACCCUAGAUGGCGCCAGAUAUCAUUGACGCGAUGUUCGGUCAUGACAUCUCAGCUACUCUUUUUAGUUUAACCAGUUUUAAUUAUUUUAUUGCAAUGUUUUUCCUUAUUCAGAUUUGUUUCAAGACCACAGUUACAGUUAAGACUUCACUUUGAUGGUUAAUGCAGUUAUUGCAAUUUUUUUUUGUUUUAUCACAAUAGAUUGGUUUAUUUACAUUUCAAAAACCAGAAGCCAUUCAUUUACGAAUGUGUUUGCACUUUAGUUUACAUAUUUAAAUGUUCAGAUAUUAAUAUUCGAAUGAGGCAAAAUAACAUGCUUUUUCUCUCAAAUACAUUGUUAUAAUCAUUUGUUUCGGAUGUACUGUAAUUAUUUUCUGUAUAAAAAAUAAUUUGGUGUUUAAAAGUCAUUUUUCGAACAUGAGUCUUGAAAAAGAGGGGGUCGUCUUAUAAUCAGGGCCGUCUUAUAUUUGGGCCAAUACGGUAAUUAAUGGCAUUUCAUUUCAUUUCAUUUCAAAGGGUAGAAUGGAUUCAAUGUAUGAAAAAAAAUUGAACAAACAGCUUUAGCAAUAACAUCAAGGAAACACUGUUUCUUGAUUUUGCAAGCCAAAAUAAUACCAACAACGCAUCCCUUACACUUGUACGUUCAGUAGUCGACUAAAUUGUAGCACCGCAUUAAUUUCAGCUCUGUGCUUCUGCCACGCGCCACCGCUCGUUAAUCCUCGCUGACAACGUCUCGACUCGGCGACCCAAGCGUGCAGCCACCCGCCGGCGGCGACCCUCGGGCCGGCCCUGGAGCGCUCGGCCCAUUCCUCACGUCGCGUCGUCCUACCUCGGCGCUCAUUUAUCUGGACGCGCAUGCGCACGCAAAAGCGAGGUGGCCAGCUGGCCAACUAACCAGUCAUCCGCUCAAGCCACCUGAUACCAAAAUACUGAGCCACCGCAUGAAACAAGCUUCUCCCAUAUCAGCCUCUCUCUGCAUGAAGCUUCCAUAACCUUUCCUGCCCCGUCAACACUGCACACACGGUCAAAAAGCAAGGAGAUA